UCUUAAACUGCCCUCAUAUUAAAAGUGAGAUUAGAAAAGUUUAUUGUAAAAACAAUAACUGUAGGAUAAAUAUCUAAUAAAUACAUUAUUGUACUUUAUGUUCAAAGGCAUAUUGCGUAUGGGAAUCCCUCUUCUAUAUCGGUGAUGUAAUCAUUUAGGAAUUAGUGCUAUGCAAUUACAUAAUAACAAACUCAAUAACAUCGUCUGGUCGAUGGUAAAACACGUUUAAAGGUUUAAAUAAUAUAUGCCUUCUGACUUUAUAUUAACAUUUUUCCACAUGCAUCAUUUAACGUGAGUUUGAAGCAGUUUUUGACGGUUUUAUGGAUGUGAUGGUAUGCGGCUUACAUAAACUUCACUACCCAUGAUGCAUUUCGAUACACCCAGCCCCCAACUCUAAACGUUUUGGCGUAAAACUUAAAAUCACGGGCGGGAGAGCCGGAGAGGGUCGGCUCAUUCAGUCGGCGAAACAAGGCUGUAGCCUUUAGCUUGAGUUUGAAUUUUUAAAUUUUAAAAACAUUUUAGUGUCCCUGGAGUUAACCGUGUGACAUUAAUUAUCUGUUUGUGUCGAAGAGGAGGCAGUUUUUUUAAGACACAGUAACUAUUGGCAACGUUUUCCUCUAAAGUCACCGAGGAGAGACGGGAAGUGAUUCAACAGGUUUAGAGAUGAUCAUGAAGGGGCAGAAGCGUAAGCACCCUCCAGAGGACGUUGAGGUUUCAGACAGGAGCAGCCCCUGCUGGGAGACCCAGCGUCAGUUUGUGUUCUCAGUUUCCAUGAACAAGUAUCAGCGAGGCCAGGAGCUACCUGAGCCCAGCCUGCGGAGGUCUGUUCUUAUAGCAAACACACUGCGGCAGGUCAGCCUGGAGGCUUGUAGGACGCCCUCUGUAGACUUGGAAGAAGUGCCACAACCCCCUUGCAGCUCUUCCAACAGCCACUCAGCUCUUGCAAACUGCCCUCUUGUUCCACUUAAUAACUUGUCAAAUUGUGCUGCAAGUAGGUGUAUAACACACAGCCUCUCGAGUGCCUCAAAUGUCCCUCUGCCUUUAAAAGACGAUGAUGAGGACUGGGGAUCAAUGUCCACUGAUUCAGAUUUCUCUCUUUCUGCUGCCAUCUCCUCAAUUCUCACUGCACUGGACUGCACCAUCGAUGGGAGCACACAGGCAGCUCCACGCACACCUCUCAGGUCCUUGGAGAACCUGUCGGGUCUCUCUGAGGGAGGUGUGGCAGGGGUCAAGGGAGUCAGAGAUUUUGGGGGAAACUGGGAGCAGCAGGAAGAGUGCAGGGCAGCGUCCAGCUACCUCAGUGAUCUCACUGUAGAGAAUCUGUUUCAGGAUAUAGACACGUCCCUGCUUGAGAGGGAUAUGUGUGUGCUCGGGCUCUGUGGCAGCGGAGGUGGAUAUGUUUCUGGCGAUGAGCUUUUAAGGUAUCUGCCACCUUUGUCGUCAGUGUCCCCCUCGCACACUUUCCCCCUCUCCCUGAACCAGAACCUGAAGUGCCUCCCUUCUUUCUCCUCGUUCAGCCCAUUGUCUUCCUCAUCAACUUCCUCACCAUUGUUUUCUUCACCAGCCCUCUCUGCUCAAAAUCAUGUAAAAGACGGAUUUGAGCUGGAACAUCUGAUGGAGAUCCUGGUGGAGUCCUGAGUUCUGGUCAAACUGAAGGAAGUUCAGGAAGUAUCCUGGACACCGUUAGUUGUGGACGAAAACUGUUCUUGAGGAAAAAUACAACAUUUUCAAACCUGUCAAAUAUUCACUCUCUUGUUUUUAUACACUGCUCAUGAAUUAUUGUAUUAUGGUCUCCUGAAAUCAGAAAGUGUUGAUGUCUUGGACAGUAAACACUCCAGAGGUGGGCUAUCAUGAGAAGCUGUGAUGCAUCUGACUUUUUUAGCAGCAUGAAGGGUUUCCGUUUUCUGGCCCACAAUGAAUGGGGGUAGUAGUGAGCCAGCUUUGGUUGUGCCUCUUUCUUUGUAAGUAGUGAGUCAGUGUUUACUACAGUUCCUCCAUGACUCAUCUGACUGAAUCUAUGGAAGGCAGACGCUUGAUUAGAAAACUGAAGAAGAUAGAAAAUCAUUUCAGUGUUGCCUUAAAGUUUGUCAAAUGCAUCACAGCUUCAGGUUAUGUAGCGUUCAUACUGCACAUCCCAAGCAGAAAAAAACAGCCAGUUGUGAACUGUCUGGUUUUUUUUUUUUAAACUGACUGAACGUGCAGAGACAAAUCUGAAAGAUCCCCUUUAAAAAGUCUCAAAUGUUAAUGAAUUCUGAAAGAAUGUGAUUUGGUAUUUGUUGGUCUGAACACUAACAUUAUAGGUCAAAUCUUCUGUGAAGAAAUCCUUUAACCUCACAUUUAUCUGAAAGUUUAAAGGUCAUGUUAGGAUUUGGAAAAGUAGGAGCACAAAGGAAAGAACUUGAGUCAUUUAUUAAAUCAGGUUUUUUGGCUUGAAGAAAUCAUAAAACGUGUUUAGUUCAAUUAUAAGACAUUUCAUGUGUUUGACUCUCGCAGGUUAUCUUUAACUAUUAUCUAUGUGCCCUUUAAUUACCAUCCGAAACAAAGUAAAGGGGUUUUAGUAUGAUGCUGUUUCAUCAAGUAAAGAGGAACAACAAUCCUUAAAAUGACUCAGCCAAUGAACAAUGGCCCAUCCUGGACUAAGGAGUGAAACUAAAAUAAGUGCUCUGCAGUUUGAGUUUACUGAUUUUUUUUUUUACACAAAUCAUCACAACCACUGAGCAACAGCCUCCGUCAUCAAGAUGUUUUUAUUACUGAUCGGUCCUGGUUUGGGUUUCAGGUACAUGCUGAGCCACGUGUGCAGAUGGUUCGGACCUCCUGUGAACACUACUUGCACAUCAGUUUUGACGUUUUAUGGAGUUGACAUGUUUUGUCUGGUUUACAUCAGAAUUCUUGCACUUUUUUUGUUGUUCAUAUGCAUCUCAUGGGAGCGUGUGGUUUGUUUGUUACUCUGUUUUUAGUAUGCAGUGGUCCUGUUACAUGUGUACGGCCAAAAUAUUCUUUGAUCCCACAUAAUCGGGUCCUUGUACGUGUUCUUUUAUAUGUUUGAAAUAAUCUCUGAAGUUGUUUUCUAGAUGUUGAGAUGAGUAUAUGAACCUUCACUGUUAAAAUGCAUGAUGAGAAACGUUAAGGGGAAAUGUUUGAGGCGGCACAUGACGCCCUGUUUGUUCUAUCGAUGCAUCAAAGCGUCCUCUCUGAAUAGCUGGGCUGCAGUCCCUAACUAUUUAUAAGUGAUAUUCCAUAACUUACAAUUCACUAAUGGUGUAUUCAAGUACUGUAUUAACUUUUUUUUUUCUUUAUAAAUAUUUUAAAGUUAUGUUUUGAAUUUGAGAUACUGUGUAUUUAGACUUCUUUUUAAAGACAGAAAAGAUCUGUUCACUUGUACUGAUGUUUUUAAUAAAAUGUGAAAAUGAA